CUUUUUUUUUCUUUCUUUUUUUAGUUUGCUUACAGAUACAAAAUCAAAAGAAAUUAAAAACAUGGACGCUGUUCCCAAGGUCCAAGUACAUGAUACACAACCUUCCGAGAUACAUAGUACAGAACCUUCAUUUGAAAAACACUGGAAAAGACUUGCGAAGUUUUGUCAUGAAAAGAAUUCGUAUAUUGUAUCGAAAAUCAAGUACGAUUCAUAUUUUAAGCGAGCGAUUGAUGCCGAGGGUUACUUUAAGCAUGUUUAUUUCACUCAAGAUAAUGACGUACUUCAAGUCUUCCGACGAUCCACAGCGUCCCAACGAGUGGUGGAAAUAGCCAGUUUAUUGGCGCUCAAGGACAAAGAACAUAUCGGACAAAUCAAAGAUAUCAUUCAUGACGAAGCCGGAAAGGAAAUGAUUGGUUUAACUAUGGAGCGAUAUGACAUGACCUUGAAAUCCUACUUGAAAUCACAUGCUCAUCAGCGACUUACGGCCAACCAACGCAUGGAUAUCAUUGUUCAAAUGUUGAAGUCUUUACAAGAAGCACACCAACUAGGAAUAGCCCACCGUGAUCUAUCUUCGGUUAACUUUAUGGUCAAUGCAAAAACACCCAAUGGCCAGCCUCAUUUGUACUUGAUUGAUUUCGGUAAAGCCGUCUUUUUUUCACCGCGUGAUGCCAAAAAAUGGUGGGUCGACUGCAACGACAACAGCCUAUACAAGGAUGAAGUCAAACCUGCCACCAAGGAAGAACUCGCUGUCUGGUGUAAAAAUCUGCCUUUUGUCAUGGCUCGUCCUGACCAUGGCUACCGAUUUUACAGAUCUAUACAAACACUUCCCCGAAACAAUAAGGACCAUUCCCUUUUACCUUACUUGAUAGAUCCUGCGGCAGAGGACAUUUAUUCUUUGGGUACAAUGGUCUGGAAAAUAUUCUUGGGUAUCGAACCUUGGCCUGGUGUAUUCGAUACUGACUUGAAAGGUUUGCGUGACACUGUUAGUCGAGAUUAUUACAUCGAUCAAGUACUCGACCGUGCCAUGCCUGGUCCCAUGAGCAAAACCUUCUUGCAAAUGUUUUUGAGGGUACAACCUCAACAUCGUAAAUCUGCAGCUGAAAUCUUGUUGUGGGUCCAACAAGAUGAUGUAAAAGCAGCAUUGUUAGAAGAGUGGGGAUGCGAAGACGGGUCCAGAAGAGCUGCACGAAAUAACAAUUUCUGCAAAGCCAACGCCCCUGAACCUGUUGUCAAAAAGCAAGCAAGAAAGGUGACAACAUUACCAGCACCUAAGCCAGCACCAAAGCCAGUAACAGCAAGGUCUUCAACAGCAAAGCCAGCACCUGUAAGACCAGCAGGGAAGCCAUCAUCACAACCAAGGAAUGUGGACAAGAUCACUGGGAGGGCUUGUUUCCCAUCCGGGUUACCUAUUGGCAGACCACCAAGCAAACCUCCAGUCCCAAAGCCAGAAAAGACGGAUAGAAUUAUCAUCAGAGAUGGAAUCAAGUACUUUUCGAAAUCUGGCGUACCAGUGGGUCGACCCAAACGAAAGGUGCCCGAAGAAAAGGAAGAGUCUUCUGCAAAGAAGGUCAAUCCUUAUUACACCUAUGUCAAGACAGGUAGACCAAGAGGCAGGCCAAAGAAAGCUGCUCGUGGUCAAAAGGCCAACAUCAUCUAUCCUGUGGAAAUGCAGCAGCUCAUGCCAAAAGUAAGUCUUGAUCUGAUCCAGGAAGACAAGACAAUCAAACAAUAUAAGGCUGAGCCUCUUAUUAUAAAAUUACCAUCAAAUUCAUCGCAGGCAGAUAAUUUGUUACAUUCACCUAUAUUAUCACCUGAACCACCAAUAAUUUCCCGUCCUCCUUCUCUGUCACCUUUACCCGACCACUCACGACAAUCCUCCCAAUCCACAUUUUUAUCGCUAUCUCCCGUCAGCAAUGAAAAUGUGGAGGAAGGGGGUGCGUCUCUCAAGAGAAAGUUUGAGGACGACGAGGAUGAGCCAGCCAGCCCUAAAAGGAUCCAUCUUGACCAUCCACAAGAAGAAAAACCACAAGAACCACCAAAGGCACAACGCAUUGACACCACAGAUGAAUUUGACCGUGCCUUGUAUUACAUUCUUCGUGAUCUUGGUCUUGACAAGUUGUAAUUCCCUCCCUCCCUCCCUCCCUCCCUCCCCUCAUAUCCCCCCUUCAUAAUAAAGUUUUUCAUCAAAAUUUGUGCC